AUGAGAGAUCAGUUCCCUGGCUUCUGGCCAGGUCUGGUAGUGUUGCAGGUGGAGGGGAUGAGAGAUCAGUUCCCUGGCUUCUGGCCAGGUCUGGUAGUGUUGCAGGUGGAGGGGAUGAGGGGUCAGUUCCCUGGCUUCUGGCCAGGUCUGGUAGUGUUGCAGGUGGAGGAGAUGAGAGAUCAGUUCCCUGGCUUCUGGCCAGGUCUGGUAGUGUUGCGGGUGGAGGGGAUGAGGGGUCAGUUCCCUGGCUUCUGGCCAGGUCUGGUAGUGUUGCAGGUGGAGGAGAUGAGAGAUCAGUUCCCUGGCUUCUGGCCAGGUCUGGUAGUGUUGCAGGUGGAGGGGAUGAGGGGUCAGUUCCCUGGCUUCUGGCCAGGUCUGGUAGUGUUGCAGGUGGAGUGGAUGAGGGGUCAGUUCCCUGGCUUCUGGCCAGGUCUGGUAGUGUUGCAGGUGGAGGAGAUGAGAGAUCAGUUCCCUGGCUUCUGGCCAGGUCUGGUAGUGUUGCAGAUGACUUUUAGAACAAUGUCCAGUGUGAAGUGCUUCCUCAAGACGUACCAGCCAGGAAAGUGGAACAUUUCUGACGCUAAGCUGAAGCCACAGGAACCUCAACCCAGUGAUGGCGUGAUCAGACACUCCUGCACACCAAAGACAAUUGGCUAUCUGGCCAGGGUUGGCCUCUUCUCAGAGGAGGUGGAGACCUAUGGGACGACCCGAGCCAAAGUUUGUCUCGAGGUUAUGGACCGCCUCAAGGCACAGCCUGAUGGGAAAUACGUGGUGGUCACGUGGUAUCAGUUGACUCUCGCUGUGUUCGCCCCACAAGGAAUCAGUUUACUCUCGCUGUGUUCGCCCCACAAGGUGUCAGUUGACUCUCACUGUGUUCGCCCCACAAGGUGUCAGUUGACUCUCACUGUGUUCGCCCCACAAGAACCUGACUUUACUGAAGAAUGGCUGAGGUCACCUGAAGAGGCAGGUGGAGAAGGCCCACACCUUUGGCUCCUUACCAUCAACACGUUCAGCACCGACAUUGACGCAGAGUUGGACCUGGUCUGUGUACAGGUUUACUGUAACUGUUGGGGGCCAUGGAAGCGGUGCCAUGCUCACACUGGGCUGGAAGGGGUGCCGGAGCUAUGGCGCUGGGGCUUGGCCAACCUGCCCAUCUACAAGGCAAAGACCCACCUGUCCCUGUUCAAUGACUCAGAGAGGAUAGGGGUGAAAUCCGGCAUCAUCCUGCCUAUCAGGGACAUCCAUGCCACUGGGGGCGCUGCCUUCCUCAACCCUUUGGUGAGCACGAUGAGCGCACCACCCCAAUCUCCGGCCUUCUCCUGUUUCUAUGACAACGACCUCAGCAGGGAGAGCAAAUAG